AUGCUAAGACCAAGUACUGAUGGUUUUCGGAUUAGUGUCUCAAGCACACCGAGUUGUUCAAGUGGAGGGUCUGGCCCUGAUGACAUAGAAUCCCUAGGCGAUGUUUAUGUCUGGGGAGAAGUUUGGAGCGACGCGAUAUCACACGAUGGAACUGUAAACUCCAAAAUCGUUAGAACAGAUGUGUUGAUUCCAAGGCCCUUGGAAUCAAACGUUGUUCUAGAUGUUCAUCAAAUUUCUUGCGGCGUAAGGCACAUUGCUCUUGUGACAAGACAAGGUGAAGUGUUUACAUGGGGAGAAGAAGCUGGAGGAAGGCUUGGACAUGGGCUUCAAGUAGAUGUUAGUCGUCCGAAACUUGUUGAGUUUCUUGCUUUGACCAACAUAGAUUCUAUCGCUUGUGGAGAAUAUCAUACUAGUGCUGUUUCUACUUCUGGAGAUUUGUUUACAUGGGGAGAUGGAAUCCACAACGUUGGACUAUUGGGACAUGGUAGUGAUCUUAGUCAUUGGAUACCAAAAAGAGUCUCUGGUCCUGUUGAAGGGCUUCAGGUCUUAUCUGUCGCCUGUGGCACGUGGCAUUCCGCGAUUGCAACAGCUAAUGGGAAGUUAUUCACUUUUGGUGAUGGAGCGUUUGGUGUUCUUGGGCAUGGAGAUAGAGAGAGUGUUUCGUAUCCUAAAGAAGUGAAAAUGUUGAGUGGUCUUAAAACCAUGAAAGUAGCUUGCGGCGUGUGGCAUACCGUGGCUAUAGUUGAAGUCAUGAAUCAGACCGGUACGAGUAUGUCAUCAAGAAAGUUGUUUACUUGGGGUGAUGGUGAUAAAAACAGGCUAGGGCACGGAAACAAAGACACUUACUUGCAUCCCACGUGUGUAUCUUCACUAAUAGACUACAACUUCCACCAAAUAGGUUGUGGUCAAACAAUGACAGUUGCACUCACCACCUCAGGACAUGUUUUCACAAUGGGAGGGACUUCACAUGGCCAGCUCGGUAGCUCAAAUUCCGAUGGUAAAUUACCUUGUUUGGUUCAAGAUCGAUUAGUUGGUGAAUUCGUUGAAGAAAUCGCUUGUGGGGAUCAUCAUGUUGCUGUAUUGACAUCAAGAAGUGAAGUGUUCACUUGGGGAAAAGGAUCCAAUGGAAGACUAGGACAUGGUGAUACCGAAGAUCGAAAAACGCCAACAUUAGUUGAAGCUCUCAAAGAGAGGCAUGUAAAGAGCAUAUCAUGUGGCUCUAACUUUACAUCAAGCAUAUGCAUCCAUAAAUGGGUCUCAGGAGCUGAUCAAUCAGUUUGCUCUGGUUGUCGUCAAGCAUUUGGUUUUACAAGAAAGAGGCACAAUUGUUACAACUGCGGUUUAGUGCAUUGCCAUGCUUGUAGCUCCAAGAAAGCUUUGAAAGCAGCAUUAGCUCCAACUCCAGGGAAACCACACCGUGUGUGUGAUGCUUGUUACACAAAACUUAAAGCUGGUGGAGAUUAUGUUUAUAACUCUGGUGUUGGUAAUAGAAAUUCCACAACUCCUACACGGUCACUAGAUGGCAUGGUAAGACCAGACAGAGAUGCAAGGUCUUCAAGGAUUUUAUUGUCUCCAAAAACUGAACCAGUUAAGUACUUUGAAGUUAGGUCAUCAAGAUCUGAAUCUUCUAUUAUCCGAGCCUCACAAGUUCCAGCUCACCAGCAUCUUAGAGAUGUGGCAUUCCCGAGCUCCCUUAGCGCAAUUCAGAAUGCAUUCAAACCCGGUUCCUCACACUCCUCAAGUACAAGAACAUCAAGAAUACAUAGCCCUCCACGAAGCUCUGGAUUUUCUAGGACUGUGGUUGAUAGUUUAAAGAAGACAAACGGUGUUAUUAACCAAGAAAUGACAAAACUUCAGAGCCAGGUUAGAAAUCUGAAAAAGAAAUGUGAUCAUCAAAGUACAGAGAUUCAAAGAUUAAAGAAGACAGCAAGAGAAGCUUCAGAACUAGCUGUAAAGCAUUCUUCAAAGCAUAAAGCUGCAACAGAGGUCAUGAAAUCUGUCGCUGAACAUUUGAGACAGUUAAAAGAAAAACUACCCCCUGAAGUAUCUGGAUGUGAAGCUUUUGAAUCAAUGAAUUCUCAAGCUGAAGCAUAUCUAAAUGCGAGCGAAGCAUCUGAAACAUCUUUACCUACAACUUCGGGAACGAGUCAACAAGACACAACAACCCUUUCUGCAAACAAACAAGAUCAAAACAUAGAGGAACAACCAUCAUCAUCCAAUGGAAGUACAAUGAUGUCUCAUCAAGAACCUUCAAACAUAGCAGAAACAUCUUCUCACCCGUCGAGUUCAAGGCUACCAACAGAAUCUUCAACAUCAUCACCAUCUAAAUCAGGAGGCAAGGAGCUUAUCGAACAAUUCGAGCCUGGUGUUUAUGUUACUUAUGUAUUGCACAAAAACGGUGGAAAGAUCUUUAGAAGAGUUAGAUUCAGGUACUUCAUUAACUUGAUAAAUCCAAGAGUUUCUGAUUCAGUUCCUACACCAACUCCACCUCCACCACCACCUCCUCCUACACUGCCAAAUUCUGAUCAAGGGGAGGAUUCAAAAGAAGUUGUUGAAAGCUAG